AUGGACAUGGUCUCCCCCAGGACGCUGGAGGCCUUGGGGUACAUGCCGUCGCUGCUGAGGUCGGCAUCCAGCGUUGUCGUGGCCAGCAUUACCACAAUGCUGUCGCUCGCCUCGACCAUGGUCGCCACCGGCGUGGCCCUUUUGCGCUUCUCUUUGAUACCCGUCAGCUGGCUCUGGAGGGUUGUGUUUGUUUUGUUGUCGCCAGUGUUGUACACCACGGCAUAUGUUCUAUCGCCCGCCUGGUACAUCGUCUCCUUUUUGCCAAAACUGCAGCCUCUUUAUAUUUAUUUCGGUUCUGCUGCCUUUGUCGGUGUCAUCGCCGGCCUCUCGAUCAAGCUGUCAUCGCACCUGUUCGUCUCCGUACUAGAAUUGGACAAGGAGAGCCCUCCCUCUCUCAAACAAAUUGAGGCACAGAGGCAGAAGAAGCAGAAGCAGAAGAUGGCCUUGUCGGCGGCAACUACUCCGACAGCCCAGCAAACGCCCACCAUCAAGCGGGCCAGUGAUUACUAUAGCGGUAGUCUCUCGUCAGAUAUCGACUGGCAGAUCAUCGACCGUAUCACAAAUCGUGGCCUGCACAGCGAACACUCGCGAAGGAUGCCACUACUGCAGUCGAUUAUUCUAGAAGAGGAGGAGGAUGACACCUCAGGAGGUGACUAA